GGUCUCCCGCGAGUGUGUGUCAAGUAUUGUACAGUAGUGCCAAUGUCAAUGCCUUCCAGCCACGAUAGCUGAAAAAAUGUUUCUGACUACUGUAGUCCUCUGCGUGCUAUUCACUGAUCCAGCGAUAGCUCUGCCAACAGAGGGUGAAAAUGUUACUUCAAGCGACAGUCAAACUGCUUCUGUCAAAGAAGUUUCACAACCGCCAAUGACUGUGCAAAAUGCUGCUCCUCAAGAGUACAUUCCACCCAACUAUUAUACAUUUAACAAAGGUGAACCAUUUUAUGUAGAAAAAGAUCCCUUGACAGGAGCAAUUGAUUUCAACAGGAAAACCACUCCCAAAAAUACUGAGAAGGUAGAAUCGUAUACGUCUUCAGCCCUCACUAAUGAAAAAGAUAAUCCUGCUGAAAGUGACUACUUUUAUGAUGAUCAAGACUUUACAGAAGAUGGGAUUGAUAGAAAAGACGGAAAUAUUGAGGGUUCCAACAAAUAUCGCCCCAAUGAUAUCCUUCAGAAUCCAUAUAAAAUUUCCCCAGACUUGCAUCAGUUUUUAAACUUGCCAGUUCAUUACAGUUCAAGUGAUAAAUUUCCUCUAAUAUCAAGCUCUUAUGCAAACACCAAGGUCCAAGGGACUGGAAGUUCUACAAGCUACAGUAAUCAUAAAUAUGUGAAGACAUCGUCGACUCAAUCCCCUUCUUAUUACACGAUGCCAACUACUAAAUACACAACUUUGAAGCCUAUUCAAUAUUCAACUACAACCAUAAGGCCCUCGACAGCAAAGCCAACCUCUACUACAACUGAAGAAGAAGAAUAUGAAAAUACAGAUUACAAUGAGUAUGAAGAAGAUACUGGAGCUGCUCAAGAUAAUCAAGCAGUACCAAGCGAAUACAAUACAUAUAGACCAGAAACGGUUAAAUAUACAGUUACAACUUACAGACCAACUACCUUCCGCUUUACCACUACAACUACAACACCAAAACCAAGCUCUGAAUCUCCAACUACAGAAAAACAAAAACAACAAGUGAGCAUUGUCACUUCCUUGCCUUUGGAUGUUUAUUAUUCAACGUCCCAAGAGCAGACAACAGCAUCAUCAGUUUUAAAUGCAGCACCUUCAACACAAACCCCAACCAAUAUCACUAAUGGUUCCAAAUCAAACCAUACAUCAGAAUCACCAAGCAAACAUUCACCAGAGCCAAACAAGAUUGGUAGUAUUCCUAACUAUAACAUACCUUCGGAGGAAAUCUAUCACAGUUUAGGAGAAGAGCCAUUUAGACCAAUUUUUGGUCCUAUUAAGAUAACAGCUGACACCAAAAAUGAAGGGGAAAAUCAAAUAGUUAAGAAUGAUUUUCCUAAACAUAAGCCUGAAGGGAUAAAUGAGUUUCAAAGAUUGCCGUCCCAUCAAAACAUCAGACCAGUUCCUCCAACACUACUACCCCAGAUGGAGCCACCGAGACCUGAUGCACCUCUAUCAUACUUUCCUGAACAACCAAAUAAGCUAAGACCAUUUCAACAACUACCAAAUAAUUUUGCAGAAACUGCCGGCCAGAAUCCAAUAAAUAGGCCAUCUCUUGGCAAUAUUUAUGAAAGACCGCCCCCACCACCCUACCUCAUCAAAGAUCCCAUUAAUCAUCCAGAUUUUUCACAUCCAGGUGUUCAGCAUAAUAACCAAAAUAACCAUCCAGUUUAUGAAGGUAGACCAUCUGAAAGACCCAUUCCUAGUGUGAAGCCUCGACCACCAGCAGAUAUAGGACUACCUAAUAAAUCAAACUUUAAAGUACCCAGUAAAAUUGACAGUCAUUUUAUCAAAGUGACUCCUGACCAAGAGAAUCCCAGUUACUCACUUCAAACUUCUUUCUCCAUUGGUGUCCCAGCCCCAGCAGGUCAAGAACCGUUUGAAAUUCAGAAAGGUCAAGGAGUUGGACAGGUGCUCUUUCCUGAUAAUACUCCAGCAGAAACAAAUCCAUCAGAAGCAAAUUCUAACUUUCCAGCCCAACUUCUCCGUCCUCCAAAUAAUAGGGCACCAGUUCAGAGCUACCAACCAAAUAAACCUGGAUACAGACAACCGAUUCAAAUACAGGCCCGACCCCCAGUACACAGACUGCCAAAUGAUGACCCACAGCCACCUAAUGGUGAAGUAGAUCUGUAUCCCCGACCCCAUUGGGAAAAUCACAAUAAACUAGUUUAUAGCCCUGUACAAAAUGUGAUUCCUAAAAAAGAAAUUGUUCUUCCUCAGAACUAUCCAGGUCUAAGCAGAGGUAAACCAGAAAACAUACAAAGACCUGACUUGCCCAAUAUUUUACCACAGUUCAGACCAAAUGCAAAAGUAGGUCACGUAGAUUACCGACAGCCACUGAUUCCUGGAGAAAUACCGAGGGAGCCAUUGGACACACUUCAACCUCCACCUCUUCCAAAACCUCAACAUUUAAGAAUAAAUAGAAAUGAUGAUGAAUCGGAGAUAGAUAGAGAAAUAUCUUCUGGGGAAAUGAGAGCUGAACCUGUCGUUAAUAGAAGAUCUGGAGCUCAGUUUCCUCGUGUGACUACACUCCAAAUGAUGCAACAGAACCCUCACAAGAAGACUGGAGUUCGCUUGGAUGGAUUGGAAAACAGACAAUCAACAGAAAAAAAUAAGCCUGUUUUUCUAGUAUAUCCAAGUGCUCAUGGAAUGGCUCAAAAGCCAGAGCCUGAGGAAGUAGUUGUUAUAGGAACUCGUGCACAAAGACCUUUACCUCCUGCAAAUUUGGAAAAAGACGAUCUUGAUUCCUUCCCUCUAGACGAUAACAAAAACUUUCCCAUCCCUGAUCUAGAUAGAGUAGACACACCGAUACUGAAAACAAAAGUGCCAUCAAAACCAUUAAUCAAGCAUGAUUUUCCUUACCCCAUCGUUAAACCCAUAGCAAAUGAUAUACCUGAAGAAAGAAUAUUAUCAUCCGGCUCCAAUAUAAAAGAGUACACUGCUUUUAGUCCAACUCCUGCCAGUAGUACAGAAGAAAUUAAAGAUCAUGACUCAGAAAUAAAUAUCAUACCUUACUUACAAGAUUAUAUGCCUUUUGCCACAAAGAAACCACAGGUUAUGAUUAAAUCACCGUCCUUUAUUAAAAAGGAUUCCAAAAUUUCCCAAAAGCCAGUAUCAACAAACAACGUAAUUUCAACAACACUGAACAAUAGUUUAGCAACAACUUCACUGAAAAAUACAACAGAGAAAGCUGGUGAAAAACAGACAGAAAAUCUGGAGAAAAACGGUUCAGAAAUGACAGUGUCAGCCACAAUGUACACCCAACAGAGACCAGCAAACCACAAAGUUCCAGUUACGUACACACCGUCUGAACCACAACCACUUGGCUUCCAGGCACCUUUCAUGGCAAGUCAAAGUGGUCCUGAGAGCCAGGGCUGGAUGGUAGUCACAGACAAGAACUUAAAGCCUGCCGGGGAGGCACAAGAGGAGUCCAACAACACUGACACUGAUGGCAACAAGUUUGACAUUGAAAACUUUAAGCCACAGUUAUUUGGAGGUUUUAAACCAAUUUUGCCAUCCUCAGGAGAUGAAUCAGAUGUGAGUGUUUCGAUCAAAGACAAGGAUGUAUUGUUGAGUAAAGGAGAUAGAGAAGAAAGGGCACUAUAAUUUAAUCUCUCUUAUGUUGAAAAAUCCAACUCUAAUUGUAUAUUGUUUGCCAACGAUUGUUUACUUAUCCUGAUCUUUUCAUCACCACCAUUUAAUUUUGUACUUAUUUGUUUUGUUUGUAAAUAGUUUUUUUAUAUUUCAAGGUUACAUUGCAAGCAGUUACUUUGCUAAGAUAUUUUUUCCUCUUCAGAGGUAAAAACAAGGACUACAGAAUGUGCUGUAUCAAUGAGAAAUGUGAUAUAGGAUACUUCCUUUAGAAAACCAAACUAAAACUCACUAUAUUGAGGUUUUGGCCAGCAUAGAAAGUUAUUAUUAAGAAUUGUAAAAUGUGCAGCUAUAGCAGUAAUAUAUAGAACAUUGUUUUAUAUAACACAUCUUUAAGUAUAGAAUAUGAUUUUUUUUUAAACCCAACUUUACACUCGAUUGUAGUUUUAGAGAUAGUUAUCAAGUAUAAUACAGUAUUUAUUUGUAAAUAUAGAGUAAGAUAAUGAUAUUUAUUUUAUUUAUUUCUAUGUUAUAGGUUUAUAUUCAUAUUUGAUGAUAAAUAAUUGAUAUGUGAUAAAUAAUAGAAAGCUCAGUUUUUCAUCACUUAACUCACUUAGCUGCAGGAAUGAAGGAAAACUAAAAAAUCCUCUAUUAUAUGAAUAUUUGUUUGGGGACAAACAUCUUUUUCAUAUCAUAUAUAGCGUGCAUUUGUAAGACUAUGUCAAUAAAUGUACUUGAAAACAAAAAUAAACAUUAAAGGAAUUGUUUAGUUAAUAUUGCACAAAGGAAGAUUAUAAUGUACAGAGGGAAAGUAAAAAUAAUUUAAAAUUGUGUUUAUGGGAUGAAGAAAAGGCUAAAAAUGUAUUAUUUUUAAGGUUAGAUUUUGAGGAAGAAUAUACAGUAUUGUAAAUUAAUAGUCAAACAAAUGUCUCGUAGCAAUAGCCAAAUGGGUAAAUUGGAAUCUUAUUAUAAAUCCAGUAGACGUUUAAAAAGUGUUGUUUUUUAACAGAAUUAAAUUAUGGUACUGAAGUAUAAUUUAGUUUAGGCCUACUGUAAAUAUUAUAUAUAUAUAUUAUAAUACAAAUUAUGUUUUUUACCUCUCAGAUCAAUUUAUUUAUGAUUUUAGAAGAUAGUUCUAAAGUUGUAUAAUUAAAGUUUUUUUGUAAGACUUCCUGAUUUGUUACAGUUUAUAACUAGCUUUUUGAUAUUUAUCGCAGGAGAGUAAAUAAGCGAUCCCAAGUAGAUUUUACUAUUUAUAUACCUAUAGGUACGGUAGCCCAGUCAGGCGUUGGGUUAUUUGAAUGUGCACACCUAAUACAACUCAGCGCUUUGAACAGUAAUAGCAACAUGUGUGUUCUUACAUUAGAUAUAAUUUUAAUUACUGAUUAAAUUUAAUACCGUAGCUGAGUUGAUUAAAUUACAAGUAUUGUGAAACAAACAACAAAGUUUUAUUAAUCUUGUUUCGCUCUUAAACAUUUUUUUAUAUUAACUGUAACUAAAUUUUGGUUAGCCUUAAACGAAUACCACACAGUAUGAAUGACUUGUUAUAUACAACCUAAAUAUUUAAAUAGAAAAACUUACCAGGGAUGAGUUUAUGGUAGGGUAAAUUAGAGUGGUUUAAGGUUAAUAUCAAGGGCAAGUGGGAACCGGUGGGCCCUUGUGGGAUUUCCUUGUAACAGGUUUAAAUGAUUAUUAUUUUAAUAUAUUCCUAGUCACCCUGUUCUUUUGUUUUAAGUCAUAUUUAUAAUAAAUAUUUAUUAAAUAAACAGUUAUU